GAACGGUGAAAAUAGGAUUUUAAGACAUAAUAAUGUUCUCCUCACUGCUGGAGGCGGCGCGCAGCUCGCCGUUCCACGGCCCGCUCACUCCUGCUAAAUGUGAUGCCAUCGCCGCCCCCUCACAGGCCAUGGCCGCCAACGCGGCGGCGGAGCUGGGUGACUCCUGCGAGUUCGGCUCCAUGAAGUACUUCGCGCUCUGCGGCCUCGGAGGCAUCCUGUCCUGCGGCAUCACCCACACGGCCGUGGUGCCGCUCGACCUGGUCAAGUGUCGGCUGCAGGUGGACGCCGAUAAAUACAAGAAUGUGGUGCACGGGUUCAAGGUCUCCGUGCGGGAGGAGGGCAUGAGAGGGCUGGCCAAGGGCUGGGCGCCCACCUUCAUCGGAUACUCCCUGCAGGGUCUGUGCAAGUUCGGUCUGUACGAGGUCUUCAAGGUCGGGUACAACAACCUGCUGGACGAGGAGACCGCCUACACCUACCGCACGUUCGUCUACCUCGCCGCUUCGGCGUCGGCCGAGUUCUUCGCCGACAUCGCGCUCUCGCCCCUAGAGGCCGCUAAGGUCCGCAUCCAGACUAUGCCCGGCUUCGCCAACACGCUCCGCGAGGCGUGGCCCAAGAUGGUCCAGAACGAGGGCUACGGGACCUUCUACAAGGGCCUGGCCCCGCUGUGGGGCCGGCAGAUCCCCUACACCAUGAUGAAGUUCGCCUGCUUCGAGAAGACUGUGGAGCUGCUCUAUAAGUAUGUGGUGCCGAAGCCCCGCGCUGCGUGCUCGAAGGGCGAGCAGCUGGUGGUGACGUUCGCGGCCGGAUACAUCGCCGGCGUGUUCUGCGCCAUCGUCUCCCACCCCGCCGACACGGUCGUCUCCAAGCUCAACCAGGACAAGACCGCUACCGUCGGCUCCAUCGUGAGCAAGCUCGGCUUCGCCGGAGUGUGGAAGGGUCUCGGCCCCAGGAUCAUCAUGAUCGGUACCCUCACCGCGCUGCAGUGGUUCAUCUACGACGCCGUCAAGGUGUGGCUGCGCAUGCCGAGGCCGCCGCCCGCCGAGAUGCCCGAGUCCAUGCGCAAGCGGCUCGAGGCCGAGGGCAAACUCAACUAAACCACACACCGCCCACUGUACUAAAUUAUGGACAAGACUUUAGUACUCUAGGGUAGCCUCGCCAAUCGAUGAAUGAUAAUAUGUUUUAUUAGCUGAAGUAAAUUUAAUGUUAUAUUAUAUAUAUGUCCGUGCCUACUGUGCCGUUGGAAAAUGCGACAUUUCCACAUGGUAUGAUUUCAGAAAAAUCUCAUUUUUGUAUGGGGACCGAAAUUUUCCAUUUCUAGUGAAAUUUACCUGAAGUGUUCGGGAACUUUUUAGAAACGGUCCGUGAAUUCUUUUAAACAGUAAGUUUACUGCAGCUAAUUAAAAAUCAUCGCGCCGAGGAUUCCGUACCACACACUGUAUUAAUAGACCCGAUGUGAUUAUAAUUAAUUACCAUUCUGCAGUAUAAGUGAACGAUCAUGUUAAUUUAUUGUUAAAUAAAUUAUAUUUUUAUUUAUUUA